GAGGGGUUGGGGAAGCUCGUGUCGCGGACGGUUCCCUGUGGUUCACAUGUGACACUUUGGCACACUGAGGGAAUCAACAAUCCAGAUACUCGGACGUCUCUCGGCUUCGCAUUACCCACAAACGCAAACGCUAGACGAAGAGAAGGGAAGAGAAGAUAAACCCCAGAACCUCCUUCGGGCUUCGACGCUCCGGUUCCCAUGUCUCUCCGAUCUCUUUCUCUGACAUUCGUUCCGAAGCUCUCGUAAAGCUGCGCUUUUGCCCCAUCUUUCGCGGUGCCCACGAAGCUCCGAGGGGAAGAAAGGAUUGAUACUCGGUGCCUUCGAUUCCUCUCUUCUCCUUGGUUUUUGGUUUUUGGGUUGGGUCUUGGCUUAGAUGGCUGAUGUGGUUCGAUUGUCGUCAUUGCGCUUCUCUUCUUCUCUGACGACAUCCUCUUCGAGCCGGCAUGCCCUCUGUCCUCCUCAGAAGCUCCACAAGAGGUCUGAUUCUUCCGCGAAUUGUUCAAGUGGUGGUGGUGCUGGUGGUGUUGCGGGUCUUGGUUUCGUACCCCGAAAGCGAUUUGCCUCUUUAAAGUUGGUUGCUCUCCUCCAGGCGCAUGCAACUGUCACUGAAACAAAUCAGCCAAAAUGGUGGGAGAGGAAUGCCGGACCCAAUAUGGUUGACAUUCAUUCUACACAAGAGUUUUUGAGUGCGUUAAGUCAAGCUGGAGACAGACUAGUAAUUGUUGAAUUUUAUGGGACUUGGUGUGCUUCUUGCAAAGCAUUAUUUCCCAAGCUCUGCAGGACGGCCCAGGAACACCCCGAAAUCUUAUUCCUAAAAGUCAAUUUUGAUGAGAAUAAGCCAAUGUGUAAGAGUUUGAGCGUGAAAGUGCUUCCUUAUUUUCACUUCUAUCGUGGUGCUGAUGGACAACUGGAGUCCUUUUCAUGCUCACUUGCGAAGUUCCAAAAAAUUAGGGAUGCCAUCCAAAUGCAUAACACUGAGCGUUGCAGCAUCGGACCACCUAAAGGGGUCGGUGAUCUUGUUCUAGAAGCUGCUUCUCCUUGGAAGGAUAAAUCAGCAGGCGCAACUUCCACCUAAAAAUCAUACCAUAAAAUUCUCUCUAAAUCAGCUGUAGUACAGCAAAAGCAGUCUCAACAUGUAUAUUUACGCCACCACGGUGAAGCAACGUUUGAAAGUUGUUUUCUGAUUGCGUAUUUGCAAUUCUUGAAGAAUUUUUGGCUUUGGUUAUUGGUGUAUGCAGUUUGAAACAUCAAAUGGAAAUGUAAUUCUUGCUAGUAUAUUUCCUCUGAUGAUAUGUAAGUAGAUUGUUCCUGAUCA